UUAUUUUGAGAGAUAACAACUUAUAGGGAAUCUAUAAGUUCUAUGAAUCUGAAAAUUUUCGUUAUUACACAUUCAGUGAGCUCGGAAGUUAACAACGUGCAGAUACGAAACGAAUUUAGUGGAGCGUUCCCGUGGUGUUGUUGGCAUAUUACUGUAAGUUCCGAAAGUGUUAAGACGAUAUAUUGGAUAGCUACGUAAGAACGCAUGAUGAAUUCCGUGAUGAGUACGUUGCCCAGCUACUCACUUGCCUCGCCCCUACAGACGCAGACACCCCAGUAUGGGGGGCUCUUAAGUCGCAGCUACGGAACCCCCGGGCAAAAUCAACGUCCGGCGUUUACAGUUCAAGAUCUAUUAGGACUUAGUCAGCAUUCAACGGCGCAGGCAUACCUCAAUGGAGAUUCAGUGAACUACAACUUUACCCCCUCCUACGGCCAACUAGCCCCGGGGAUGGGACAAACUAUGCCUCAGCAUUCAUCACCUCUUGAGGGGGACAUAAAUCAAUCGAUGGCAUCAUCACAGGCGUCUUACAUGGCCACACAAUCAUGGUUCUCUUCACCCGCGGGGUACGGAGCAUAUGGGGGACAGGCAGUCCCGGGGGCUCAGAACCACCAUACGUCGAUGUCACUAUCCCCCAUUGAUGUCAAGAUGCCAAUGGAUAUGCACUCGCAUAGCCCUCUAAAUGAUUCAGAUCUCUCAGGAACUUACAAUGGCAAGAAAUCAAAGAGGAACAAGCGCAGGCACAGGACAAUCUUUACAAAUUAUCAAAUGGAAGAACUGGAGAAAGCAUUCAAAGAGGCACACUACCCAGAUGUUUACCAGAGAGAGGUCCUAUCCUUGAAAACCAAUCUUCCCGAAGACCGAAUUCAGGUUUGGUUUCAAAACCGCAGGGCUAAAUGGCGCAAGACAGAGAAAACAUGGGGUAAGAGUAGCAUUAUGGCGGAAUAUGGUCUCUAUGGGGCAAUGGUGCGACACUCCCUCCCUCUACCGGAGACGAUCACGAAGGAGGCAGCAUGUACUAAGGACGUUGAGGAAUCAAACGCACCUUGGUUGUUAGGUAUGCACAAAAAGUCACAGGAAGCCAAAGAGAAGAUGGACAUGGAUGAGAGUGGUGGUAAUGAUGACACUGGAAAGGACAAAGAAGAAUUCAGGAGUGAGAGUAUCGCAACGCUGAGAGCUAAAGCACAGGAACACAGCGCUAAAGUUCAGGAGCAUGCUCAGGGCGGUAAGAUUCCAGCAUUCAGGGAUGAUAAGUCUAUAGAUGGCGCCAUUUCGGAGCAGACGACUCUAGAAGGUCCCGCAGAUAGCUCACUCAAAAUAACCACUGACAUUAAGGUUGAGUAUUUUAACCAACAGAAAGAUAAAACUGACUAUUAUAUCAUUAAUCAACAGCAUCAGAGUUAGGAAAAAGGCGCAGAGAAAGGCUAGGCUCACUGGACUGUAUGAAUCCAGAGCGUACGAUCGUCGAAGUUCUUCAUGGUUCGAACGAUCUAUCAUGACAAUGAGCUCAGAUGGUUUGGAAUUGAUCAAAGAAGAACGAAGUGCUGACACUUCUCAAUUUGGGACAUGCCACCAAUGUGUCUCAUAUCAGGAAUGACGUGAUAUUUCAUCCUCCGAUCACAGGGCUUCAA